AUAAUGAUCUCUUCACACACUGUGACAUGAUUGGCCACUCAUUGGCCACUCAAGUCAUUAUUUUAGAUAGGAAGGCCAAUUCGGUCAGUUGACCAUUCAACGUUAACUCGUUCGGUGUUUUAUCAACCUCGAGGCAACCCGAUUGAAUGGUCACCGAGCCUGUCAUCAAUUACCUGUUGGUUCCUAACCGCCAUUUUCUUAUAACAGACCCUUCGCACACCUCGCUUCCCUUUCCGUCUCCCCCUCAUCGUAGCUCUGUCAUCCAUCGAUCAUAUGAAUGGCAGGUAGCACAUCCCAGUUCUACGUUGAGGAUGAUUCACCGGAGAUCAUCUACUAUCCAUUCGUAGACACAAGCCUCAGCCCUAAUAUUUCUGCAGGCUGGGAGCAGGUUUACUCGGGUUCAGGUGUUGCCUCUUCUCCAGGUCAGGAUGGUAUAGGAGACAGUACACACUCUACUAGCCUCAAUGAGGCAAGCUUUAUGAUCAAAUGGAAUGGCACUGGUAUUGAUCUCCUGGGAAGUGCUCAAAAUGCAUCCUAUGAAAUAACCUUGGACGGAAUUAACAUCUCUCCCAAUACAUCUGACCCGGAAUCCAUCCUUGCAUCCUUUCACGAUUUAUCCAACACGAAUCAUACAGUGCUGUUGACGACUCUCACGAACCAAACUAUUCCAGAUUCAUAUAUAGCUUUCGACAAGGCUCUCAUCACCUACACAGCCCCCUCUGGCAUUCUCAACUCAACGAGCAACUCGACGAUCAUUGAUGACGAUAACGACAUUACAUUUGUGGGUAGAUGGAGUUAUGUGACUGACAGCACGGGAAAUUCUAUGCAUAUGUCCAACACUGCCGGUGACCAUGCUCAGACCACAUUCAUAGGAUCGGCCUUAACUGUCUAUGGCCUCGUGUCUUCGUAUUCUGGAAAUUAUUCUGUCACACUCGAUAACAUCACCACUAGCUUCUCAGCCCAAUCCUCAUAUAAUAAUUCAAAUGCGUUGCUAUUUUUCGCUACCGAUUUGUCUCAAGAUACCUCUCAUACAGUCAUCUUCACCAAUACUCAGAACACAACCUUUGCUGUGAGGGCUGGUGGGAUGAACGUCACCACCUUCGGCAAUGCCACCAUAAAUACUGCCAUCUUGUCCUCAUCAAGCAACCCGACUUAUCCCGGGACAAUUGCCGCUGUUGUACUCGGUGCUGUUCUGGUGGUCCUCAUAGUGUGUAUCCUCAUGUACUGGCUAUUUGUCGUCCGCCCGCGUGCUCGCUACAGGCAGAAAUCGAGCCACCGCUCCAGGAAAAUAAUGAAUCCAGAACAUGUCAUUGACAUCAGUCCUCCUGGCGAAGAAGAGACCGAAGUGGCAAGCUUGAGCACCAGCAAAGGGUAUGGAUUCGGACUCGGCCUGCAACGCACCUUCCCCUUUGUCCGCAAAACGAAAAACGGGAGCAGCAGCAGCGGUCAGGUUGACAACACACGCUCGCGUUCCGUGUCCCACGUUGCAAUGCCACCUGAGGAGCGAGAUGUUGACAAGCGCUUCUCGACCAACACCCUCACCGUGGAAUUCACUGCCUUGGGUUUUCCGCCGGAAUCUGAGAAACUAGCGCCAGGCUGGAGUAAUCCAAUUGCACGCACGUCGCUUGGUUCUAUGGGAAAAGGACACGCACGAAUAGGAAGCCACAGAUUGGCACUUCCGGAACUGUAUGUGGAAGGGGUGGCCGCAGAAGACGUGUAUGAUGACGACGCGGAUGCCAAGACCCUUACGUCAAGGCAAGACGAAACGCUUGCUGCAACCCUUUCCCUUAGCCCGCGAACGUCGGAAGCGCCAGGCCUCUUCGUUUCCGCUGUGCGCUCGAUUGCGGGGAUUGAGUGUGCCGUAACGGAGACCGAUGACAGGGAGUCCUCCGUGCCGUCUCGGCCUGGCUCGCGAUUUCUGGAAGUGAGAGAGACCAGCCCGUUCAGGAUAGAUGUUGGAGCUAUCCUCGGCCAGUUUAGGGGACGUCAAGAUUCACGUCGGACGAGUGGGAGUGGGAGUAGUAGUUGGUCUCGGGUUUGUGCCAGACUCUACCGAAAAGCUCACAGAGACGACGGGAAGCAGAGUAUUCACGAGCACAAGCUUGAGAACCCCAGUCCUGAGUUGGUCCCCGUCGUUAUGCUCGAAUCGGGAUCGGGAUCAGAGCCGCCUCCAAGCGAGAAUGCGCCUGCUUCAGGCACUUACUCCUUCCUUGACUUCACCUCGUCCCAUUCAUCAUCACGUCGGCAAUCAAAGACUACCACGCUAAGCUCAGCCGCAGUCGAGUUGGGGCACGACAGAGCCCGUACACCAUGGAGCGAUAGCACGUCCAUACGGAUGGUGCGCAUUGAACGCGAUAAACCUAGUGACGUAAUGCAUUCUGGACCCGAUGCGCCUUCCACUGUGUCUCAGGGAUCUCCCAAUGAUAGUCCUUCAGAUAAAUCCAAUGCUCAUUCUUCGCCGUCUGCACCUGCUACACACACUACUCAUGGAUCCUCGUUUCCCUUCCCUAUCACUAUUCCGCCCUCAACGCAUAUGCCGCACCCCUUUAAUAUCAACUACCAGCGCGAAAGCGACCACGAGGAACUCUCACCUCCUCCUCCACCAUCACCUCCCGUGCCCCGGCAAGCGCAGGUUCCAGAAAUCCGACAUUCAGGUCUCCCAUCAGAUGCAAAUGCUCCCACCUCUCCCACCGAAAGCGUGCCCUUCUCUGUAUCCGACAUCUAUUUCCGACAUAGUUAUUCCGAUUACAAUGACAUUGACUCGCGAAGAGAAAGUGCAGCCUCCACCCUACCUCCACAUCCGCCUCUCCCUAGCCCGCAGCCGAAUACUCCACCGCCGUACAUUGUACAGCGUGUACUUGGAAUGACGCCCGUUACCCCACACUCUCUUGCGGCAGGUCCCGCAGGCCAUUUGUCAUCAAUAAUUGCGGAGCGGGUAUUGCGACCUGGAACAUCUCCUCUGGGAUCUUCUUCUAGAGCUCCUUAUCGGAUGGGCACAUUGAUUGGUCCUAGACCUCGGCCUUCCACAUCUGGAUCACCAAACUUGCGACUACCUCUACAAGGCUCGUGGAGCCGUGAAAAGAGAAACAAUCAUCCAUAAUACAUAGGCGGCUAUUUUGUCAACGAUAACCAAUUGAAUGAUGACAAUUUCUUGGACGAUAUAUCUUAUGCUUCUCUCAUUUACUCGCUGGAUAGAUCAUGCUCUGGUCUCACAGAACGAUCUCGUUGUCACUCCCUUUGGGUUAUCAUUCACGCAUUUGUACCCUACUACUGCAAAGUUUUUUUUCCACAAUUACAUUUUUGUUUUCCGU